AAGUAGCCAUCACAAUGAGCCUGAGUUUCAGAAGUACUAUGCAAGGCUUUUUCUUCCUUCAUCUACACUCCAUGUGUGAAGAUUUAAGAUUAUAUCAUCUGUUUGUUUAAGCUAAUCCAAAAGUAAAUGAGGAACUUAGGAAAAGAUUGCCAACUUCAAAUCAACACAGUUACACAGAAUUGAAGAAGAAGAAGCAUACAGCUUCAUUUGAGGGAUUCUUUUAAGGGACUCAGUGUUCUGCGAUAUGAGCUCUGAAACCUUCAAGCAAAAACUGCACUCAGUGCCAGAUCAAACAAGUUCAGAGGAACAAAUGGAGAGCUGGUCAAAAGAAACACACAUCUCGGAUCAGAAAAAAGAAGACUUCUGUGCUGAACUUCAGUUUUAUAAGAAUUCUCAAAAACACACAGAAUUUUCUAUCCAGGCAGAAACCGUAGCACCGAAACUUUCAGAUUUGCAAGUAACCAGUCAAAGUGGAGGAUUCCUAACUGACUGUAAUUCUGGUUCAGAAGAAUCAAGUAGUGUAGCAAGAAAAGAUAACAGGAUGCUCCCUGAAUUUAUAUCCUCAUGGAAUGAUGCUGAAGAUUUCGGUGGAAGAACAGAAACUGCAUUCCUUUUAAAAGAAUUGGACACUCUGAGGGCCAAAAAUAAAAAGCUUCAAGAUAAGCUGGCUGAAAAGGACAAGGAGCUGAAGACAAUGAAACUGGACUUAGAAUUGCAAGAUAGAGCUACAGAAGCUAAGAUUGCAGAAAGGAUUGCAGCUCUGGUGGAAGAAGUUUAUUCUGCUCAACGGGAACGUGAUGAGGCUGUCAUGGCAAGGCUUAGGUUAGCCAAUGAAGAGAGAGAUGAAGCAUUUCUGCGAGUCCAGCGUUUAGAAGAGUCUCUCAAAGAGCUAGAAAAUAUUAACCCUGAAGAAAAUGACAUGACAUUACAGGAAUUACUGAACAGAAUAAACAAUGCAGACACAGGGAUAGAUAUACUGAAGAAUGGAGCUAUAAUUCUGAACCGAAUACACAGGACCAAAGAACGUAAAAAGAAAAUAAUAGCUGAGGAAAUGAAUGCAGUAAUAGAGCAACGGGAUGCUGCUUUAUCUCAAUGCAAACGGCUGGAGCAGGAGCUUCAUCAUCUGAAAGAGCAGAACCAGACUUCAGCAAACAACACGAGACAUAUGACUGCUGAAAACAAUCAAGAACGUGCUCUGAAGGCAGAACUGAUAGCUUUGCAACAAGUAAAGGAAGCUGCUCUUCAACAGUGCAAAAAACUAGAGGAAGAAGUCCAAACAUUGCGUGUUUAUUACAGGUUAUACAAGUCUUUGUCUGAAGGAUUGAGUCUGAAGAACCAGCCUAACUGUGCUUUCAGUACUUCUGAAGGUGGACUGGAGGGAAGGGAGGAUGUUGUGACCCUAACCUAUGGCCAGAUUGAAGAGCUGGCAGCUCAGCUGCAGCAAACUCGGUCAGAGCAAAAGGACACUGAGCUGAAGCUCCAGAAAGCCCUGGAAGCUUCGCAGGAGGCCAAUGAAAAAGUUCAAAAGUUGGAAAGGCUGGUGGACGUCCUGAGGAAGAAGGUUGGAGCAGGGACCAUUAGGACCGUGAUCUGAUUGAAAGCUGUAGUCUAAGGAAGCUUUCACAUCUGGUGACCAGGCUGCUUCAUUCAGCACUGUGUAAACACUGAAGCCUUAACUUAGCAAACAGUUGUUAGAAGUGGGACACUCCAGCGACAUUCCAAGCUGAGAUAAAAUCAAAUCAUAAAUGUUUAACUACUUUGCUGCUGAGUUCUGUGAUUUGUUAAAAUGUUUCACUGCAAACGUGUUUGUUUUUAACCAAAUGCAUUGUGGCACAGUGUAUUGUGAAAAAUUAUGUAGAUGCUUAUUUUAACAGUCUGUCCUCUCCAUGUUAGACUAUAGUCUGCUGCAAGGCACAGCAUGGUCAUUUUUUUAAAUACUGCAAGCUUCAGGUUCAAAAUGCUGCAAAGCAGUUUCAGGAUUUAAGUCCCUUAUUAUAUUUGUGAGGCUGCAAAUAGUCCAAUAUUUGUAUGUUAAAUAUAUUAAUUGAUAAAGUAGGUUGGCAUUCAAGAAAUAGCUCUGGUAUAUUGGAUAUUUUUUCCUCCUUACUCAUAGACCAUUGAAUUGCAGGUAGUAACUGUGGCUACAUCAAAGGGCAGGAUAAAUGUACACCUUUAUACAACAGUUGAAUAGCUUCUGCUAGUACAUGGCAUUUUCAGUGUACAUUAAAAAGAAAUUUACAUUUAGGUUUCACUGGAAGUACAGCUACAAAAAUUUGUAACAUGAAAGCCUUGUGACACUGUACAGUAUCUCAGACAGUGGAGAAAGUUUCAUGUAUUGUUUUUAGUCACUCCUCUGUCCUUUUAAAUGAGGAAAAAGCUCUCAGAUUUCAGAAAGUACCUUAUAAAUUAAAAAUUCACCUUUUCAGUGUUUGCCUCUUCUCAUCCCAUUCCUACAAGACUCUGAGUGCCCUGCAGUGCAGGAGUACCAUCCAGGCUGGGUUUGAGGCUAAACUGUCAAUCCUCAGCUUUUUGUACUCAUGAAGUGCCCUAGGACUUAAGAGGCCGAAGCAUAGAAUCUGACAGGGAGGGGAGAAACUGAGGGCUGAGGAGGAAUUUGGGGUACACAGACAUGAUAGACUCUAAGAUACAGUACAGUUGAACUUAGAGUUGUGUUUGUGACCCAACCAUCUCCCUGUAUGAACAGUCAGGCCAGUACUCAUAUAAUCCUGCUCAAGAAAGCAGCUGUAAUCUCUGAGAACCCCAAAUUCAAUAAAGAAUCUCAGCAGCCAGCUGGGCUUUAGUGUCUCCUCAGGACCAGCCUACUCAGGCAAGGUGGAUGUAGCUCCUGAGGCUUCCACUUGUCUGCUUUACUUUGUGUUUAAUGUUGUUACAUGGUCUUGCUUCUUAAUGUUUGCUUGUUCAGGCACUGUGAUAGUGCAGUCUAUCUGGAGAAAAUGAAAUUUUAGUUUUAGGUGUAGAGAGAGACAUUUUAAUGUCUGUUUUUUCUUUCAAACACUUCUUCAUCUGCAGACCUAAGCCCCUCCUAGUUUCAGUUGACCAAACCUAACCUCUUGCAGGGAGAUAAGUAGCAUCCAUCCAAGCCACAUUUACCCAAGUCAGUUCUAGAAACUUCUGAAGUGCUCCUUUUUGACCUUUGGUCAAUCCUAAGAUAGCCAGUGAGU